AAGAUACAUUUCAGUGAUCUGAAUGAAUUUGACUGUGUGAAAAUCUUUGGCUUCAGCAAAGGAAGCAUUAUUGUUGAAUUUGUAAUGUUCACGAACGUACCUUUUACCAAUAAGAUGCUUCAAGAAAAAGUGAAGAAUGCCUCUAGUUCAUUGAAUGGCAAUAUGACAGUAAACACAACAGGAAUUGUUAAAAUCACCAUCAAGGAAGGAAAUGGAAAGACUGUUAAAUCUGGAGUUCAGGUUGUAAUAAGUUGUACUCUGGAGGACAAUACAGUGAACCCAAAAUGGUUCUUGAGUCAAAACGGCAAAUUACUGGAAGUUGUACCAGGAAACGGAGUGGAAUUUGGUUCUAUAGGACCAACUUACAGCAUUACCAUUUUGAGCACCGGUGAAAGCUGGGGAGGUAUCUACACCUGUGAGUUUUCGCAAGGUUCAAUAACACACAAAGGAGUUAAAACCCUUAAUGUAGCCCUCUUACCGGAUUCUAUUGUGGGUGUUGCAAGCCCACAAUUCCCUGAUUGCAGGAUGAACGGACUAAUUCAAGUAAAUUCAACUUGCAGUGUCAAAAAGAGCAAUGAGACUUAUACAGUGACAUGGAAUAAUACAAUUUCAAAUCUGACAGUCGCUGAAGACGCCUAUACAUCAGUCUAUAGAUUAACAGUCAAUUGUGCUACUGUUACUCUCAAGGAUAUUACUGUAACGUGUUCAUAUAAAAACACUAUGGGGCAAGUGAAAUCACAAGACAUAAACAUUUCAAUUAUUAAAAGUGGUGAUAAUGUUUGUCCAGAAGAUGGAGAUUGGCCAUUAAGCAAAAGUGGUAAAGUGGCAGUUCUGCAGUGUUUACCUACUGAAGUGGGGACAAGAACACGGAAAUGUGAAGGAAGCACGUGGGAAAAAGCAGUGGAAGACUGCAUCGACCAAAAAUUAUAUGAAAUACUUCAAAGGGCAAAGCAACUGGAAGCAGGUAUUGGAAACCCACAACAACUUGUCAGUGAUCUGUUACAAGGCUUUCUAGAUACUGACAAAAAUAAUAUCUCAGCUGCAGUUCUUAAUGCAUCGUUGAAUAUUCUGAAACUAAUAAGUUCUGCUUCAUCGAAUUCAAAUAGCACAUUUUCAGAGGAUGUUUUGACGAGCUAUGUCCAUAAUGCAAACAGUCUCUUGGAACCUUCUCUGGAAAAAACAUGGACAGAAUCUAAUGAUGGAACUAAAGCGCCUAACUUCCUUCAGUCUAUCGAAAACUUUGCAAAGCUGACACAUGCAAACAAUGGACCAUUUUAUUCUAAUUUUACCAAUGUUGAGUUGAAAGGAACUCCUAUACUAGCAGUUAAUGAAGCAGAAAUAAACUCUUCAUGUGCAUCUGUCAAAAUUAACUUUUUGAAAACAAAAGAAACUCAAUCCGCAGCCACAAUUUUUGUCUUAACAUUUUUUUCAUUAAAUUCAAUUUUACCCCAAAAUACAGUGAACGACUUCAGUGUUAACAGCGUAAUUCAAUCCAUCACAUUAGUAGAUGCAGACCCACAAACAGUAGAAAUGCAAUUUCAAUUGCAAAAUGAAACAACUUCAAAGUAUAAGAUGAUAUGUGUUUACUGGGAUUUCGAAGCAAAUGAUGGAAGCGGACGAUGGUCAGAUAAAGGCUGCAAAUGGGACAGAAAAAAUUCAAACUCAGCCACUUCAUCUUGUGUUUGUAACCACUUGACAUCUUUCUCUGUGCUAAUGUCAAAAUUCCCUAUCAGUUUACCUUGGCUUGAUGGAAUUGGUUAUGUUGGAGUGGGUGUGUCCAUUUGUUCUCUUAUGCUCUGUCUCAUAAUUGAAUUUUUAGUAUGGAAUUCAGUAGUUAAGUCAAACAUCUCCCAUUUUCGACACACAGCCCUGGUUAACAUUUCUUUGUCUCUGCUUAUUGCAGACUGCUGCUUUUUGUCAAAUUCUUUACAAGGUAACAAGGGUGGUGGUAAAGUCUGUUUAGCUCUAGCAAUGGGCAUGCAUGUUUUUUUCUUAGCGAUGUUUUUUUGGAUGCUCUGUCAAAGCAUAAUGCUCCUUCACCAAAUGAUUUUCCUCUUUCAACAACUGAGAAAGAGAAUUUACCUAUCUUUUUCAUUUGCUCUUGGCUACUUAUGCCCAAUAUGCAUUGUGAUUGGAACAUAUAUGUUACAUCCUGAUAAAUACUACAGGAAAGAUUCCUGCUGGCUAACGUAUGAAGGGGGAAUGAAUGGAUCCAUUUUUGCUUUUGUUCUACCUGUUGGAAUCAUUGUUAUCAUCAAUGCUUUUACUUUGGUUGUGGUCAUUUUAAAGCUGUUGAGACCUUCUGUAUCAGAAGGAGAUAAAGCAGAUGACAAGGAAGCUGUGAAAAGUAUAAUGAAAGCAGUUAUUAUCCUGACUCCAGUAUUUGGAUUAACAUGGGCUCUGGGAUUCCUUACUAUGAUAUUUGACCUUCCUGAGACAUUUGGAGCUAAAGCAGUUCACUACUUAUUUUCUAUAUUGAACUCAUUCCAGGGCCUGCUUAUUUUGAUAACUGGGUGCUUUACAGAGAAAAAGGUGCGAGAUGCCCUCUUGAAACGGGUGAACUCUCUGUAUGCUACACAGUCCAAGAGUGAAACCUCAAGUUCUAUAAAGAAGUGAAGAAAGUAACAGUGACAGAUUGGAAAGAAAGAACCCGGAAUGCAAUAUUGGGCCCUCUUUACAAGGAUAUUUAAAUAAGUCAAUGGUUUAUUAUUAAAAUAAAGGUUGUUAUGAAUGAAACUCCUCUAGACUGUUGUUAAAAAAGCGAGCAGCAGCCUAGAGUAGUGAUGUAUGCUGCAAAUGUGCUGUAGUCAUUGUUGCUACCUUGUUUAGAAACUCAUCUUUUUUAAGCAUUAGAAAAACAUCCAUUCUGGCAUUUUCAGUUUUAACUCAUUAGUAAUUACACACUAUUUACAAUUCAUUUGCACAAUAAAACCUGGGGCUCCUGCCCUACCACAGUCAGGCAAUUAAGAAAAAUAAUAACUGCAUAUUUAAGCAACAAAACUCAAAACCACUUAGAAUGAUUACAUCAUCAUAAAACCCAACUUAUAGCAAUGCAAAUUAUCAAUAAAAAUGACAUUUUCAUAUUUCCUCUUUUUUCUGGUUGUUUCUUUUUGUAA